ACCCCACAAUCAACUAUUCAAUCUUCCCAAUUUAUCAAACAUCAAAAAUAAGGCAAAGGAAAUGUCAUAUCCUCACGAUUGGAUGCAACUCAAUUUCACCAAUGAAAAUCAAACAAACACCCCUCCAAUUACCGCCGCCGCAAGUAACAACACUCCGGCCGCCGACGAAGGCCGCGGAGCGAGGCCAAUCCGGCGGCGUUCGAGGGCCUCGCGGCGAACUCCCACCACCCUGCUCAACACCGACACCACCAACUUCCGCGCCAUGGUGCAGCAAUUCACCGGCAUCCCCGCCGCCACGUCCACCGCCGCGCCGCCCGGCCACCUCGUCAACGCCGCCGGGAUGUUCGAUUUCACGCAGCGGUCCAAUUUGUAUCAAGGGAGAGGAGCUCAAUCUCAUGUCCAAUAUCCGAUCCAUAUGCAGCAGCGCCAUGUGCUCACGGUAGCCGACGUGCAUGGGCGCGGCGGAGGCGGUGGCGGUGGCGCUCCGCCGGAGUCUUCUUCGCCAAAUGAAAGUCGUGAUUAUGAGAGCUACAUGCUUUGAUCAGCUGACUUUUCAUUUCUAGGUUUUGUAAAUUCUUUUCUCAUACAAAUAAUGCUGCCUAUUUUAGGCAACUUUGUUUUUUUUUUAAUGUUGAAUUGAAUAAGAGGGAUUACAUUUAUACUAAGAUCUUUCGAGAUUAAAAAAUUUGUAGUAAUAAAAAAUUUCAAAAAUAUUUGAUC